AUGCUGGCUCGAACCUGCGACUUCCAGAUUCCAGAAACCGGCAAAUGGGUGGCUGAGACUACUCAGAGUUUUAUCACAUUCAUGGAUGCACUUCGAUUGCGUAUGCGCGCAAAGGACCAGCUUCAUCCAAUCUUGCAAGGGCUUAUGACGAAUUAUGCGAGGUUUAAAGCAAGCAAAGACUGGGAGGGUCGUAGUCGAAUGGUAUCUUGGUUAAUCACCUUGAACGGUAUGAAGGCCUCAGAAGAGCUCACAGAAGAACAGACUCGGCAGCUAUUGUUCGAUGUCGAUUACGCUUAUGCUGAAUUCUUCCGAAGUUUAAGUGGAGAUUCAGACUCAAAGGGUGGCGCGACUUAG